CUCAGAGAAUGCCAACGCCUGGUGCCUACACAGUUCUGAUCAUCUUUAGACCUAACCCUUCUGUCUGCCAUUGUUCUCUCAACUUUAGAAAAAAUUAAUAUGUGCACAGAUUUAUGCACACCCAAGUGUUUGAAUGGAUUCUGAUAUUGCAGAUGCAGGCAACUCUUUCUCUAGCUAAUAUAGAUCUCAAAAAAUAGCCAGAACCCAGACAGAUUAUAAUUAAUUAAUUAUAUUCUCAUAGUCCAUGCAUAUUAAUAUGGAUAUAAAUUGCAUGUAUGUAUAUAUAUGCCAAGAGCUCUAUAAUCUAUGCACAGUGAUCGUAUCCCUUUAAGAAAGACAGCUCCCUAGACUAUGUAACUCAUUAAGAAAGACAGGUCCCUAGACCAUGUAGUCUGUUUCUGCAACCCUCCCAAAAUAGCUUUGAAGUCCACUAUAUUUUAUUAUAUGAGAUGGGUAUAAGUGAAGAUCUCAUAUGUGAGUUUUUUUUUGAAGGCAAGCAAGAUGGGUAUGAGUGAAAAUAUUCUCAUGCAAAGUUGAGAUUGUGGUAGUGAACUUUUGGAAUGGUUGAACAGCUAAGAGAGCAUCUCCAUGCACCAUUUUCCGAGGUUGUAUUUGCCUGAUCGAGCAAGUACAUUGUACCGAUGAUCAGUUUUUUGAUAAUAGAAUUGCCAGCUUCUUUUUCUAUCACAUAUUUCAAUCAGUCUGCACCCAAGUACUCAUGAUGAGCGGUUUCUUUCCUCUGAUCAGAUUGUCCACUCAAUGUCUGAAGUGUAGGUAGUACUUAGGAUGCUAUAAAUUUAUAGGAGGGACAAGUUACAAUGUGUUUUCCAGAGGAUAUUCUUCGAAACCUUGUAUGAGGAUUUGAAGAUAGAUUACUCAACAAAUGGUCUGGGAAUGCCAUGUACUGAUGAUUAAGAUUGGAGAUUAGAUGGGUGAUAUGAGCAAGCUGCUUUCCCUUCAGAGGAUAUGAGGUACUGAUCGGUUACCCAAGAUAGGGGACCAUGAAUGGAUGCUUUCUAUUUACAUGAAACUAUAGUCUAACCGACAAAUACCGAGGUACCCACCAUGAGUUUCUGUUGAUUUAUAUGGUUAGGUCAAUGAUAAUACAGGAAGUUUCAGGAUAGGAUUCUAAACAUAUCUGUUUUCCAAUGAUAUUAUAAUCAAGAAGUUGUACCGACCAGUCUUUUCAAGCUGAAAGACAGGAUCUCAACAAUCUGUGGAGUACCAAAUAGUUUCAAGGCAGGAGCUCAGAAAAUAUUUACCAUGUAUUGCACCGAAGCAGAGAGCUGUUUCAGGCCUUGUUCCAACAGGCCUAGCAGUCUGGAUCUUUUUGGCCCUGCAUCUCAUUCUUCUUCUUUCCAGAGUAGUCCCCAACAAAUUCCCAAUGCUUUGGGCUAUGGGUAUGAAGAUAGCAGUCAGCAGCCCAAAAGAUUGCAGGAAGAGGACUUGAUAGGGCGUUUGGAUGAGUGUGUUUCAGAUGCCAACUCUGCUAAUUAUUCUCCAGUAGAUUGUACACUCUCUCUUGGGACACCAUCAACGAGAUACUCAAGUACAAAACAAGGAGCCUUCACAGGCAGCAUGGAAGGAAGGGACAUUGCAUCUGAUCCAUUCAAGGGAACUUGUGCUUCCUACACAUGGAACAACUCUUCCUCAAAUAAUGUCUCUUGGCAAGCACCUCUGGACUACUCCAGAGACAUGAGUUUUGCCAAUGCAAAGCAAGGAAGACCAACAACCUAUGGAAACAUGUUUAACCAAAAUAGUGUUUCCAAUGGUCGGAUGAUUCAUAAAUCUGGACGCAAUGGAUCAGAAAAUAUAAGUUCUGUGGGAAGAAAAUGUGCAAAUUGUGAUACCACCACAACACCUCUCUGGAGAAAUGGUCCCAAGGGUCCUAAGUCGCUCUGCAAUGCAUGUGGUAUUCGUUACAAGAAAGAAGAGAGGCGUACUGCAGCCUGCACUGAUCCUCAUCAAACCAAGAAGAACAAUCAGGAUGAUAUAUAUGAAAACAGUUACAAUAUGAAUAUGAUCCAUGGGUGCUGCACAGAUGAUAUGACUACCAACACCAGGGAAGCCAGUUGCUUGACAUGGCAGGGAAGCUCCUGUGUAUACCUUCAAAGACCAAACUCUUUGUUAAGUAUGCACCAAGCUGAAAAUAAUAUUCCAAGGACAUUGCCAACUUCUUCUUAUGCAGACGAAGGCCCUACAUUGCUUUUUGGCCGGUCUGUGGACUAAAGAAGAUUUAUAUAAAUAUCUCAAAGUCAGUGAGUGACAUGACAUUACCUGCUCCUGCUGCUGCCUGCACACUCAACUUUUUCAUGAAGUAAGAAUAUACCCACAUGCUCCUCCUUUUGGGUGCCUUGUCGUUAUAUCACACAAGCAUAGUCAUUUUAUAAGCUCUUCUUUGUAUAGAUUAUUUGUAACUGCUAUUCUCUCUUCAGCAAAGGGGCAGGCUCUAGGUUUAGGUAUGAGGGAUUAGGUUUUCAUUCUUCUCAAAUGGUUAGAGUUGGAACAUAUGAAUACUGUAUGAACAUUUGUUUUAUUGGGGAACGAAUGUUUCUGCAGCUGUUCAUAUUGCUUUUAGUUUUUGGAUGACCUGAAUAGUUAUUGUUAUAAUGCUUACUGAAUGAAAUGAACAAUAAGUGAUUUCUAUGAAACUGAA